CUGUUCAGCCUAGAAGUCACAGGGCGUCCUCCUCGCCGUCCAACAGCAACAGAGCGAGUGACUCGGGCCUUCCUGGGACUUGGGUCGUGGUUCCUGGUGCUGACUGCGAAGUGCUGCAGAUGGAGGAGGAGAAGGCUGGGGUGGGGAAGCUGGACCCUGCUACCUACAGGAGGCGACGUCAGAAUCAGGAAGACUGCCGUUCCAUCCACAUUGGGCUUUCAGUCCCCAGUUACCAUCAAAGGAAGAGAGACCAGAAGGGACAUCCCUUAGGCUGGCAAAAGGGCUGCUGGGGCCUGAGGCCAGACAGGCCGCCACAGGAGCUGACCUGCUUGGGGAGCAGGGGAAGCAGCGGGGACAGCAGUGUGGAUCAUGCCAGCAGGACCCGGGCUCCAGCUGCUGAGCAGCUCCAGGACAUCCUGGGGGAGGAAGAUGAGGCUCCCAACCCCACCCUCUUCACAGAGAUGGACACACUGCAGCACGACGGAGACCAGAUGGAGUGGAAGGAGUCAGCCAGGUGGAUAAAGUUUGAAGAAAAGGUGGAGGAAGGAGGCGAGCGCUGGAGCAAGCCCCACGUGGCCACACUGUCCCUACACAGCCUCUUCGAGCUGCGGUCCUGCCUGCAGACGGGAACGGUGCUGCUGGAUUUGGACAGUGGCUGCUUGCCACAGAUCAUAGAUGACGUCAUUGAGAAGCAAAUUGAGGAUGGCCUUCUGCGGCCGGAGCUCCGGGAGAGGGUCAGCUACGUCCUCUUGAGGAAACACCGUCACCAAACCAAAAAGCCCAUCCACCGCUCCUUGGUCGACAUCGGGAAGUCGGUCUCCUCCACCACCAAUCGAAGCCCGGCCCGGAGCCCGCCUGCUGGCCCCAGCCUACGCCGCUCCACCGAGGACCUGAGGGUGCGGCAAAGCACGAACUACGGCCGCCUGUGUCAUGCCCAGAGCAGAAGCAUGAACGAUAUUUCUCGAACCCCGAACACUGACCAGCGGAAAAACAAAUUCAUGAAGAAGAUCCCCAAGGACUCAGAAGCCUCCAAUGUGCUCGUGGGGGAGGUGGACUUCCUGGACCAGCCCUUCAUCGCCUUCGUGCGUCUCAUCCAGUCGGCCAUGCUGGGAGGAGUGACCGAGGUGCCCGUCCCCACCAGAUUUCUGUUCAUACUGCUGGGACCUUGUGGGAGAGCGAAGUCCUACAAUGAAAUCGGCCGUGCCAUUGCCACGCUCAUGGUAGAUGAUCUCUUCAGCGACGUGGCCUACAAAGCCCGAAAUCGGGACGAUCUGAUCGCUGGGAUCGAUGAGUUUCUGGAUGAGGUCAUCGUCCUUCCCCCUGGAGAAUGGGACCCAAAUAUCCGAAUCGAGCCCCCCAAGAAGGUGCCCUCUGCGGACAAGAGGAAAUCCGUGUUCUCCCUGGCCGAGUUGGGCCAGAUGAAUGGCUCUGUGGCAGGAGGUGGCGCAGCUGCAGGAGGUGGCUCUGGAGGUGGCAAUGGUGGUGGUGGGGUCGCCGGAGGGAGCAGCGGUGAUGACAGAGAGAUGCCGGCCACGCAUGAAAUCGGGGAAGAGCUUAUCUGGACAGGAAGGUUCUUCGGUGGCCUGUGUCUGGAUGUCAAGAGGAAGCUGCCCUGGUUCCUCAGUGACUUCUACGAUGGCUUCCACAUCCAGUCCAUCUCUGCCAUCCUCUUCAUCUACCUGGGCUGCAUCACCAACGCGAUCACCUUUGGCGGGCUUCUGGGGGAUGCCACUGACAAUUACCAGGGGGUGAUGGAGAGCUUCCUGGGCACUGCCAUGGCCGGCUCCCUGUUCUGCCUCUUCUCGGGACAGCCUCUCAUCAUCCUGAGUAGCACAGGGCCCAUCCUCAUCUUCGAGAAGCUCCUCUUCGACUUCAGCAAAGGCAAUGGCCUGGACUACAUGGAGUUCCGCCUCUGGAUUGGCCUACACUCGGCUGUCCAGUGCCUUAUCUUGGUGGCCACAGAUGCCAGCUUCAUUAUCAAGUAUAUCACCCGCUUCACUGAGGAGGGCUUCUCCACCCUCAUCAGCUUCAUCUUCAUCUACGAUGCCAUCAAGAAGAUGAUCAGUGCCUUCAAGUACUACCCCAUCAACAUGGACUUCAAGCCUGACUCCAUCACCACCUACAAAUGCGAGUGUGUUGCUCCGGACACAGCAAAUACAACCGGGUUCAAUGCUUCAGCCCUCCUGCCACCAAACACCAACACUUCUCUGUACAACCCCCUUAACCUCACAGCACUGGACUGGUCCCUGCUGAGCAAGAAGGAAUGUCUGAACUACGGUGGGCGCCUGCUCGGGAAUUCCUGCCAGUUCAUCCCAGACCUGGCACUCAUGUCCUUCAUCCUUUUCUUCGGGACAUACUCCAUGACCCUGACCCUGAAAAAGUUCAAAUUCAGCCGCUAUUUCCCUACCAAGGUCCGGGCCCUAGUGGCUGACUUCUCCAUUGUCUUCUCCAUCCUGUUGUUCUGUGGAAUCGAUGCCUGUUUCGGUCUGGAAACCCCCAAGCUGCACGUGCCCAGUGUCAUCAAGCCCACACGGCCAGACCGAGGCUGGUUCGUGGCCCCCUUUGGGAAGAACCCGUGGUGGGUGUACCCAGCGAGCAUCCUGCCUGCCCUGCUCGUGACCAUCCUGAUAUUCAUGGACCAGCAGAUCACGGCUGUCAUCGUCAACCGGAAGGAAAAUAAGCUGAGGAAGGCCGCUGGCUACCAUCUGGACCUGUUCUGGGUGGGCAUCCUUAUGGCCCUGUGCUCCUUCAUGGGGCUCCCCUGGUACGUGGCGGCCACGGUCAUCUCCAUCGCCCACAUCGACAGCCUCAAGAUGGAAACGGAGACCAGUGCCCCAGGGGAGCAGCCCCAAUUCCUGGGGGUGAGGGAACAGAGGGUCACUGGCACCAUUGUCUUCAUCCUGACUGGGAUCUCCGUCUUCCUGGCUCCUGUCCUGAAGUGCAUCCCCAUGCCAGUGCUGUACGGAGUCUUCCUCUACAUGGGCGUGGCCUCCCUGAAUGGCAUCCAGUUCUGGGAACGCUGCAAGCUCUUCCUGAUGCCCGCCAAGCACCAGCCGGACCAUGCCUUCCUGCGGCACGUGCCCCUGCGCCGGAUCCACCUCUUCACCCUGGUGCAGGUGCUCUGCCUGGCGGUGCUCUGGAUCCUCAAGUCCACGGUGGCUGCCAUCGUCUUCCCGGUCAUGAUCCUGGGCCUCAUCCUCGUCCGAAGGCUGCUGGACCUCGUCUUUUCCCAGCAUGACCUGGCCUGGAUUGACAACAUCCUCCCAGAAAAGGAGAAAAAGGAGAUGGAUAAGAAGAAAAAGAGAAGGAAGGGGGCCCACGAGGACAGUGACGAGGAGGAAAAAGAUCUUCCAGUUGGAGUUACUCAUUCUGAUUCUUCCUUCAGUGACUCAGAACCUGAUCACAGCAUCACCUUACACUUCAAAAUUUCCUGUCCAGCUUCCCCUGCUUUCAACUAUUCACAGAGCCCCGUGUUCAUGGUGCCACAGGUGAAGAUAGAGAUGGAGUCGGACUGUGACUUCACAGACAUGGACAUGGAUGGAAGAGAAGCCAAUGGCGAGACCACCCUCUAGGUCACGGCACCUGCAUUUGGGGCACGGGGUGGGGGGCAUGGUUUAGUCUUCACUGUGAGGGCCUGGGCCAUGACACUGAACUUGCCUGAGCCCAUCUCUGAAUUUACCAAACUGUCAUUAUUCUUCUUGAUAGAAAACUGCAGCUCUGUGGAUGUAAAGUGCUACUUAGGUGCAAAACUCUCCUUCCUUUCAUAGUUAAGAAAUAAGUUGAGGAAAGUGUUAUGCCUUAUUUUAAAACACAGUCCAGCAUAGAAAUUAUAACCUUUCUUUUGAAAUGAAAAAAAAAAAAAAAGCUCACCUCCCAGAACCAUAGUUAAGGUAAAGGGGCAAUAGUCCAUUUUUAUUCAAAUAAAUUAUCAGUUGAGAAUGUGUUUAGAUUUUAAAGUGUCUAGGUGAUUUUGAAAGAAUUAAAAUACUCAUACUUCAAUA